AUGUCGAGCUCCUCCAACGAGUCUCAGGUUCUGACCAUGGAGGCUCUGGACAUCCCCCCGGCUCUGGCGUACUGUGCCAGCGUGGCGGGCAGCCUCACCUACGGCCUCAUCCUCACCUGCAACCUGACGGUGCUGCUGGCCAUCGCCCUGGACCCCCAGCUGCACAAGCCCAUGUACCUGCUGCUGCUCAACCUGCCCAUCAACGACAUGAUGGGAGCCACCGCCAUAUUCCCACACCUCAUCCACAGUCUGCUGAGCCAGGACAACAGCAUCUCCUACACAGCCUGUUACCUGCAGGCCCUGCUGGUGCACCUGUACUGCGGCGGCUCCCUGGUCAUCCUCACCGUCAUGGCGUUUGAUCGCUACCUGGCGAUCUGCCGGCCGCUGCGCUACAACGCGCUGAUGACGGCGGCUAACCUGCGGCGCAUCGUGGCGGCUGUGUGGCUGACGGACGCGCUGCUGGUCGGGACGCUCUUCCUCAUGCUGACGCGCCUCCGGCUGUGCCGCUGGCGGCUGGCCGACCUCUACUGCAACAACCCGUCCCUGAUGAAGCUGGCCUGCGGCAGCACCGCCGCCAACAACAUCUUCGGCCUGGCCAUCACCGUGCUGAUGCAGGCCGCGUCCGGCCUCGUGGUGCUCUUCACCUACGGACACAUUCUGCUCACCUGCGUGCUCACCAGGCAGGCGGACGCCCGGGCCAAGGCCCUGCGCACCUGUGGAACUCACCUGGUGGUGUUUGUGGUGUUUGAGCUGACCACGCUGCUGUCCAUCCUGUCCCACCGCCUCAGGGUGUCGCCCUUCCUCCGCAGGUCGGUGAGCGUCUCCAUCCUGGUGUUCCCGCCCAUCCUGAACCCGCUGAUCUACGGCAUCAACACCACGGAGAUCCGCAACCGAAGGCUGGUCUUAACGUACCUCAGACCACAGGUGUGUCCACUGCAAUUUGCAUAUCAACCCCAUCCCAGUCUGUUAAAGGCCAAACUGGAGAACAUGCAGGUGGAGGCUCCUCUGGUCACCUGGAUUGGGGACUACUUGACGGGCAGACCGCAGUUCGUCAGACUGCAGAACGGCAUGUCUGAACGACUCAUCAGCAACAUCAUCAAGUCUUUUAAUGUGUGCAACAGGAUGCUCAACAUGUUUUACCAGACUGUUGUAGCCAGUACACUCUUUUUUGCUGUGGUGUGCUGGGGUGUGGGCCUCAGGAGAAGGGAGGCAAACAAGCUCAACAAGCUGGUGAAGAAGGCCCAGUCUGUCGUGGGGGUGAAGCUGAGCACUCUGCAGGAGAUGACUGAGGACAGAAUCCGGGCAAAAUUCCUCAGCAUCAUAGACAACACCCCCCAUCCCCUCCAUAAAACACUGGACAGUCUCCAGAGUACAUUCAGCCACAGAUACAGACUCCCCCGUUGUUCAAGAGAGAGAUACAGGAAAUCAUUUAUACCCACCGCAACACAGAUGUACAGCUCCUCCUACUGA